UUUCAGCCCUGUGCAGGAAACGCUGAGAGAAACAAAAGAUGUCUAUAGAGUUCCAUACGCGUUCUGUGUGAGUGCAGUGCAGACAGGCACCGGCUCCCAGGGGCCAACUUACAGCAUUGUAUGGGAAUCUGCCGGUAUGUGUCCGCAGGUAUACUGCUGCUUGUUAAAUGCAAUGGCAUGUAGGUUGUUGCAGAUGCCUGUCUCUUAUUAAACAGCUACUUGGUCUCUUAUGUUGUGGUCCUGAAUGUGACAUGUUAUGACAAUAAACAGCACAGGUUACUCAGGGUGUAGAGGUGCUAGGUCAUUUUGAUUGACUAUUCUAGAAUUACAUGGGGGGAGGGGGGUUUAAUGUUUAUUAAACAGCUGACGGUCCAGUUCCCAUUGUUUUUCUAAAUGCAUGCUGAGAAUCACUGUAAAUGUAGUCUACUAGAGGUCAGAGUGCAUCAUUGAUAUUGCAUUCAGGUGAAAUUGUUGAAAAGCUGCAUGUGUGCCCAAAUUAUUAUUAAUAUGCUAACCUUUUCACUUGCUUUCAGUCACCUUGAUGCAUUCUAAUCAAAAUUUUUUUUUUUUUUUUGCUUGUGACUAAUUUAAUUGUGCAACCCAAGUGUUAAUAUGCACAUGGAUUUGUUUGAUAACAUCAAACUGUGACCUCAUUUUGAUGUGACUAUUCAUUAAAGGGAACUUGUCACCCCAACUUACACAUAUCCGAUAAAGGCAGAAUAUGUCUGGAACCUAAAAUAUAGGAUUAACUUUCCACCUAAGGUAAUUCUAGCAAAUUAUACAAUAUAGGUAUGUAGGACCAUGUUCUACUACUCUUGAACAAGAUAUUCUAUUUAUUCGAAAUUAUAUACUGAUCAAAUUUGUAAAAGGCAGCAUUAAUGCUAUCAUCAAUAACAGGAUGUGGUCCAUACAUUUGUAUUUUUUAGACUACUCUUUGAUACACAGCUGAUUCAAGGCAAUGGGAGUUCAAGGACUUUGGAAACUUCUAGAAUGUACAGGAAGACCCAUCAAUCCAGAAACUCUGGAAGGAAAAAUUCUUGCUGUUGGUAUCCUUAAUAGUAAUUAUUGCAGUUUCUCAACAAUGGGUUGUGUUUCCAUUAUUUUUACAUGAUUCACCUUUUAUAUGCAUAUUGGGUGUUGGAAUGAAUGCAUUCACUAAAUCUAAGUGAGGAGAAUUGAAAACUGUAGACCAAUUUAGUUGAAAUGGAAACAAUCUCCAACUUUGUUAUUUUAGUCUAAAAUGUAUUAUUCCUGUGAAUUUCUUUUGAAAGAACUAUAUUCUAAUAACAAUUAUAAAAAUUUUACUUAUUUGUCUUUUUGCUGCCUGUCAAUAUUUGUUUUUCCAUUAACAAUUGCUUAAGAUAUCAGUAUUUGGCUGAACCAGGCUGUUAAAGGAGCAAGGGAUCGCCAUGGCAAUGCUAUUGAAAAUGCACAUUUAUUGACCCUGUUUCAUCGACUUUGCAAGCUCUUAUUCUUUAGGAUUCGUCCUAUAUUUGUGUUUGAUGGAGAGGCUCCCCUGUUGAAGAGACAGACUUUGGUGAGUAAAUUUUACCCUGAUGUUUGGUCCCAUAAUCUAUGGAUCAUGCCAAAUUUGUGCCCUAUUUUAAAGUUAUUUGUACGAUUAAACAGUCCUUAUAUUUACACAACAUUUUAUGGGUAUCAGAAAUUGAAUCUCCAUCUCCCGCUGUGUACCCAGUUAACCAAACUGUAAAGUUAGAGACUCAAGAAAAAAAAGCACUAAGUUUGACCUCUGAAACCUAAUUAAUGUUUUGAGUAAGACUACCGAGGCCUGUAGAAGAAAAGGAAAAAAAAAUUCCCCUUUUUAUGUAAUCAAUAACUUUCUAAUGGAACACAUGUGAAAUAAAUAAUAUUUGAAAAGAAUAUCCAGUUUUAUUACAAUAAAAACUUAACUGAUAUGCUUUUAAGCACUUUGAUCUUCUACCAUUUUUGCGUUAAGAGAAAUGCCUCCAAAUGGACAAUAUAAAGUAAAUGAAUAUCAUGUGCCAACAGGCAAAGAGAAGGCAGAGGAAAGAUACUGCAGCUGAUGAUGCCAAGAAAACCAGUGACAAAUUAUUGAGGACCUUUUUGAAAAGACAAGCCAUUAAAGCUGCAUUGGCAGGAAAUAAAGAAAGGUAUUAUGUUCACUUAAGUCACUUACAUACAUUUUAAGUGGCUCAUUUUGCAAAGUUUCAUUGUGUAACUCAGUUUAAAGAGAAAACAGUCCCAAAUUGUGUAUCCAUACAGUACUGGGAUAUAUGAAAACAGGAUCAGAAGGAUGGCAAAAAGGCAGACGGCACUUUGAGUUUUUGCAGGCUCAUAGUUUUUUUUUGGUUUUUUUUCUGUUGUGUUCACGAAAUUGGGUCUUGAGAAGAAAAUAUGGUCUGGGGAUAGUGGUACAAGUCAGGACUGUCUGUUUUUUGGAGGCCUGUGAUAUGAUCAUUUUUAUAGUGUUAAGAUGGCCAUCAUGGAAGUUUGACAUUUUUAGCAACAAUAAAUUUAACUUUUCAUUUCAUACGUCAGUCCAGAUCUGUAAUUUCUAAACUGAGUUGAGUUGUUUGAUAAUGCUGGAUAUCCUCUGUGCCAGAAAGCCCAUAACAUUUAAAUAAUUUUUCAGGGUAAAUAAUAUCUUCUGGACAGACGUAAAUUGGUAGAAUUGCAUGUGCCUUGUGUUGAUAAAGGGCUAUAUGACUGCACAAAGAGUUUCUCAUUGCAGACUUAUUACAAAGUCGUUUUUCAUUUAAAAAAAAAAAUGUAUUAACAUUGCAUAUUAGUUAAAUUAAUUAUCAUAAUUUUAUUAUUAUUAUUAUUAUUAUUAAAAUAGUAUCCUUAAUUUUAGGUACAGCUUGUGUCUUGGCAUUGAAAGUUUUACCAUCAUAUCAACUGGUAAAAACGGCCACCCUCGUUGUUAGUAAAUGUUUAUAUUGAAUGUGAUCUGUCUAGCACAAACUAUGGUGUAAGUGUAAACUAAAAAAAAAUGUUUCCUUGGUAAUAUGUCCACAUUAAGAAAUAAAAUGCCUUAUUCAAAAUAUACUUAUUUGUAAUUGUAUUAAUGUUCCUUUCUCAAAGUAAUGCAGAAGUACCGAACCUCUCACAAGUUCGGAGGAAAGAGGAAGAUGACAUAUAUGCUUUACCACCACUCGAAGAUAAAGAUAGAAAUAGGUAACUAUAUAUGCACUAUGCUGUUAAGGCUAAAGUCAGCUACUUAUAACCCAUAUCACCCACUGACACAUUUCAUAACAAGAAAAUGACCAGGCAAAUGGAGGCUCUUUUAAGAUUUGUAAGUAAAAUUUAAAUCACCAUAAUAAUAGUGAGCGUAAUCAAGAAGGGUUGGACACCAGAACCAGGUUGGAUUUAAUUUAAAUCACUGUUCUAUAAGACUCAGUUAAAAUCAUGAUUUUGGAACGUAACGAGUUAUUUUAGCUGGUUGUUAGCAUUGUUAAUGUUUACAGUCAGAUGAAGAUUUAUAUUUCAGUUGAGUUAGUUAUGUCAGAACUCAUUUUGUUAUAUACCAUGAUAAAUGUAUGGGUAAAGGGGAAAUUAUUUCAAAAUGAACUAACAGGUUAAUAACUCAUUAGGGUUCUUUUUGUAUAUUAUUUUUUUAUAUCAUUUUUGCUGUGAUGAAGUUUUUUUUUUUUUUUUUGUAGACACAUUUUCAGUUCAAUUGGAUUCAUGGAAUCAGUUUAACAAAACUGUAAAUAGUGCACAAAUAUACAGCCUCAUGUAACUAAUCAAUAUUUCAUGCUGAAAAGCAUUCUACUAUAAUGCAUCUUAAAUAGAAUUCUCUUCCAAAUGCAUUUUAGUAAAAUAAAUCAGAUUUUAAUAGUGUUUCUCAAUAGAGAUCUCAUAUGUUCCUCCACUGUCAUCUUUCCAUCUAACCCCAUUUAGCAGGAGUAUAUCAGGAUUAUUUACUAAACAUCAAAUUGUAAAUCUAGUCCAAAUGGUAAACAUUAUGCUAAAUGAGCCAAAUUGUGACUACAGGUAAUUUGGACUAUAUUUUGCCAUUUAAAUUUGAAUAUGCUACAUUUUGGAGUUUGGUGAAAGUGAGUGCAUGUGUUUGAGUUCGUGGUGUUCUCAAGUCUAUCUGAAAGUCUUUUUCAAGAACAGGUCUAUUCUGUAUGAUGAAGGGAUUACUCCCACCUAACUCUAAGUGGGUAUUUUCAGUAGAGCUUUGCAUAUUUAUUGUAUGGACUUAUUCUUCAGUCACAGGAUGUUAUUUAUCAUUUGUUUACUUUUACAACUGAGAAUGCACAAAGGAAACGCAUACAAUAAGGAACUCACAUUUUUGUACAUCUCUUGCUUAAUGCAGAAUCUAUAGCGACCUCUUUCAGCAUCAUUAGUAGACCAUACUUUCAACCAAUCUUGGUUCUGUCAAUAUUUUUUGCCGGGUCUAUUAUAUCCUGUAGAUCUGUAUUUCACAGCAGAGGAUGUAUAACCCAGCCAUAGUGUUGGUAGAUCUAAACAACAACACUUCACAUUUUGGAGAGAACAGUUUGUGCAUGUUUAUUUAUUGAGAAGCAGCCAGGUAGAGCAUACUUUGCUGUACGUUCUUUUUUUUGGAAAACUUAUAAAAAUGAUCCUUCGUAAAAUACCCCCAACAUAGCAGUUAUUCAUUAUUAUUAUUCAUUAUUAGAAUUUGUAUAAUUAUUUGAACAUUUCCUAACUUCUGUCUCUCUUUAUAUCUGGAGAGGAAGAGAAAUGGAAGUGCACUCAUGGUUAAAGUGUUAUUUAAAUUAUGCCACACUGCUAAAGACUUGCAUAUUGAUCAUGGUUUAACAUAUGUCAAAGGUAAUCAAUUUGUGUUGAAGGGUAGACAUGGACAGUUAGUCAUGGUUUGGCUAUUCUUGAUGGGAAGCUAUCAGUGACUUGUGGAGGAAUUUAGCUGUACCACCCCCUUCUUCAAUUUCUCCUACCUAGUAACCACUUCUUUUUUUUUUUUUUCUUUUUUUUUUUUUUUUUUUUUUUUUUAUUGGUUUUCAAAGUUAAGACAGGUGUACAAUUCAAGUGUGACAUUACAUAUCCAAAAAUGAAGAGGUUACAAUUGAUGGGAAAUCAUAGCAAUAAAAAAUGCUUGAACAAAGAGUUGUAACAGUAUGUUGUACAGUUUUGGAAUGUGUAUGACCAUCUUGGUGGGUACCAGCUGGCUGAGGUGCUUGGUCUGUCCUUAUGUGGCUAACACCGCUGUAAGCAGGCUCGUAAAAAGAGACUCUAGUCCCUCACUAAAUGGUGUAGGUGUGGUAUAUAUUAUAUUGUAUUGUAUUUCACAGAUAAAGCACUUUGAUAUUGGAAGACAUAACAUAGAUGCUUCAGAGUCAGGCUUAACUGACUUCUAGCUUUUUAUGAGUAGUUUAACAAAGAAGAAUUCUAUUUGGAUAUUUUACAUACACGAGUACCCGAAUUGCUGGCAGUACGGAUUGAGUUGGCUUUCUUGUUGUCUAAGGAACUGUAACCAAGAUGCCCAGCAUUGGUAUGAGUUGGAAAAGGAUAGGUGAAUUCCUUCCUUGUGUUUUAUGAAAUCAACUUUUUAAAUCCACUCUCCUAUAGAAGGUGCUAUGGCAUUUUUCCAGUGAAUGGGGAUUAGCAUAUUGGCUACCAUUAUGAGGAGGUUGAUAAGCGUAAGAGAGAAUGGAUAAAGGAGGAAUAAGGUGACUUUGGAAUCUACAGGUAGUUAUAUCACUGUUAUCAACUGUAUGAUUGCCAAUAUUUUCUUCCAGUAUUUUUAGUUUACCGCACAUCACCAUCAUAUGUGGCCUGGUGCACCUGUAGUUAGUGCAUACCUCCACCAAGUAUUUGGUGAAUAGCUUGUGGAUGUGUGAAGGUGUAUAGUGCCAUCUGGAGAUCCUUUUAUAGUUAUGUUCGUGAGUGGAGUUGCUAAUAGAUGAGUGGAAUAUAUUGGAGAAUAGUCUUUUUACUUCUGAUUUGCUGAAUAUCUGGACUUCCUCUGCCCAUUGUGUUAAGAAUUUUGGUUGUAUGGAGAUAUGCCUUUUUGACUCAUUUGUAUUCAACUUUGAGAUUCAAAAUGGCAUGUCUCAAAAUGACCAAAAUUCUUAACACAAUGGACAGAGGAACUCCAGAUAUUGAUUUAGAUUUCAUAGUGUGGUUGGUGCAGAAUGUCUCAAACUCCGAGUUCCCUGUACCUCUGUAGUAGUGUUGGUGCGGUGGAGAUAAAGUGGGCUAUUGGCAAUAACUAUAUAAUUGUAGGAAAGAAGGAUUGAUAGAAGGUCAGUUCUACAAGAAGUUUUAUUCACUUGUCAUUGAGUGCAAGGUAGGUCUCUUUCCUUUUAAGGAAGGCGUCUGGGGAGGAAGCAGACAUUCCUGGCAGGAACAGAGAGUUUGGUGUUAUUGGGAAUAGGGGUGAGGGAUGUUUGGAUAUACUCGCUUGUGAUCUGACAUGUUGCCAUAUCCUUAUUGUGGGCGUGAUUGCUGGGUGUGAAAGAUAUGAGGGUUUCAGGAGUGGACAAUGUUUUUUUUUUUUUUUUUUGUGCCAGGUAAUAGUGUGCAGUGGGGCUAAAAAUCCUUGGCUUUCAAGUUGUACCCACUGUGUAGGGUUACAUGGUUUGGUCCACUGGUAGACCUUAGUAAGGUAUGUUGCUUUGCAGUAUAGAACUAUAUCGGGGAGACUCAACCCGCCUCGGGAUUUGUGAGUUGUCUGCACUUGGAUACCACUUCUUCUUUUGCACCAAACUUUUUUUUUUUUUUUUUUUCUCAUCAGUUUGCAUUUCAUUUCCUAGCUCAGAAGAAGAAGAAGAACGUGAAUGGGAAGAACGAAUGAAGCACAAGCAGAUUCUGCAGGUAUUGAAUUAUCUUCAAGAACUUUAAGAUGUAACAAUCAACAAUAUUAAAGAUACUAAACAUUCCAUCUCAUUGUAUUAGUUAUGGAGUCCACUGACACUGAUCUGCCAUUCAGUUUUUUUGACCAGUUUAAUACUAAAGGGUCACACUCCCACAGUCUGUUCCCCUACUGGAGGUAUGCCAAGGUAGAGAUUACACACUUUCUUCUACCAAUACCAAUUUAAACCAACAAUAGGCCCUGUGAUAGACUGACAUUUGUUCAUUAAUUGCAAAUGGCAUUUAACGUGAAACCACUUGUAUGGUUCAUCUGGUGAUGGUAGACAUUGUUCAGGUUUAAAAAAAAAAAAUUGUAUUUGGUUUUCUUUGUGAGGAUAGCUCUUUAUAUGUCUGCAUCCAUUUGUAUGUUCUUUUAUUAGUAAUACUUACUUGGUGAUAAAGGUUGUAAAACAAAUAUUUCAGGUCCAACAAAUUCAGCUGGUUUUGUUUAUUUUUUUAGGAAGAAUUCUUUGAAAAUCCUAACUCUGUGGACAUUGAAUCUGAAGAUUUUAGAUGCCUUCCUCCAGAGGUAAAGCAUGAAAUCCUGACUGACAUGAAGGAAUUCACAAAACGGAGGCGAACGUUAUUUGAAACCAUGCCAGAGGUACAGUUUAAAUGAAGUUGGUAUAAUACUAUCCCUUUAUUAAAAAAUGUUUUUAAAAAAGUUGCCUAUAACACUAGGUAAUGUAGACAUGCUUAUAUUUCGAGUAUUGUUGCUAAUAGUGUAAUAGUACAUUGAAUAAUCAAUUAUCUCAGAAGUCUUCACGACACCCUGUAGAGCGUUGAAUAAAAGAGGAAUAAUGCUGAGAGACCGUAUUAAAAAAAAAAAAAAAAGAGAGGAAAAAAUGCCAAAAUGAAUGUAUGCUGAUAAAGCAUCCCGUUAAUUCUGUCCGACUCACUUUUGGGACGUGACCAAAGGCCUGGUAAUUUAAGAGUUAGUAGAGACCCGUUGUGCUCUUAUCACCGGGCCCACUGGUUAUCCACCAUGUUUUCUCUUUGAGGCACUCCAAUUGUGUCGCUUAGUCCCAGAGCCUUUUCUGCAUCUGGUGUUCGCUUUGCUGCGGUGCUCCCACCAUUUCUUUAGGGCUCUCUAGGAGCAAAAGCUGUAUUUAGGUCAGAUGAGCCCUUAUGCAUGCAGCUUGCAGAAAGUCGACCAUCACUAAUAAGUUGUUGCUUUAAGAAAGUGAUGAAAAAAUGAUGCUGACUAUAAGGAGGCUGUGACGAAUAUAGCCAAAGAUUUAGAAGCAGCAAGUCCACUCAAAUCUGAUACUGGAAGUGGAACAAGUGGAUCCAUCAAGAAACCUAGGCCACUUAAAGGACCACUAUUAUUAAUAGGUCCCCCCCUCCCGCCGGGCUGAAGGGGGAGGAAGGGGUUAAAAUCGUACCUUUCUCCAGCACCAGGCUCCCUCGGUGCUGGGGACUCUCCUUCUCCUUCCGACGUUAUCGGCUGAAUGCGUGGCAAGAGCCGUGCCUGCAUUCGGUGAGUCCAUAGGAAAGCAUUUCUCAAUGAUUUCCUAUGGACGUUGGUGUCUUCUCACUGUUAAAAUCACAGUGGGAAGUGCCUCUAGCGGCUGUCAAUGAGAGAGCCACUAGAUGCUGGAUUAUCCCAUAUUUCUGAAACUGCUGUGUUUACAGCAGGCAGGGUUAACCCUAGAUUGACCUGGCACCAAGACCACUUCAUUAAGCUGAAGUGGUCUGGGUGCCUGUAGUGGUCCUUUAAUCCCAAUGAACUGGUUUAGGUGCAAAAAAGAAUGGUUAAAUACAACUCUAGUGGCUGUCAUACUGAUAACCACUAGAGACUCUUCCACUGCACUGACAGAGUAAAUUUUGGUCACAUGACAUUGCAGCUCAUAGGAAAGUAUUGGAUUCAAUGUUAUCCUAUGAGAUGCAUUGGAUGUUUGUGCGGAUGCCGCACAUCAGGUCCCCAAUGCUCUUCUGUGAGGAACGGUAUUGGAUUGGACCAGUGAUGGAGGACCCGGCGCCUUUUCAAUCUUGAUGAGGUCACUGGAGAGAUUUACAUUUUAUUAAUAUUUUUUUUUCAAACAGCAGGGGGGACUGAAUAUAACUAAGGACAAAGGCACGUUCGCGUUAGGAAUACAGAUUUGUAAUGCUAACACUAUAGUGUGUCUCUAAGUAAUCCAAAGCACUACUCUUCAUUAAGUGUACAUUUAUCCUAGCAUCCCAUGGUAACACAAGAUUACCUAGCAUGUAGAAAAAAAAUAUUUUGGUAUGAAAGGACCCAUUUUUGGGGGCUUUGUUAGAAAUGGUUUUGCUAUAUUUAAAAACCACUAGAUGGUACUAAUCUCACUUCAUCUGUAUUCCAUAUGACACAGUUGUAGACACAAAGGAAAUCAAGUUAAAUUAGAAAGACCCUUAAAGUGUCAAAUGUUUCUAUACACUUUGGUAGAUGAUUAUUUCUAUUCAGUAUACGAACAAUGGAAGGAAAAUCUAUGCAAAGUGGGGUUUUAUUUACGGUCUUAAUAAAAAUAUAAAAGCCAAAUAAGACAUUGCAUAUGAGUGUGCCUUUUUUGAAGGCAAUGAUUUCCUAUAACAUUUAUGGCUAGCCUGCAGGAAUGCUUUAGCCAGCAUAACAAUAAAGCAGUUUGCCUUUUGUUAGCUAUACAUUAAUUAGAUUAGUUUUCUAGUGCAGAAACCAAUGUAUGCUGGAGAUCCAGAGAUUUAUUCCAGUGACCCCAGAGUUACUUUUUGCACGUCAUAACCUACAACCGUAUUAUGUUGCAAAUGGAUUUCUUAUGUGUAUUGGGGGGGGUGAAUAAGGUGGAAGGAGAAAUGAUAGAUUGAUAGACCAAAGGUUCCUAAUUCACUGGCUCUGCCUCCACAAAUGGUUCUGGAAGACAGAGAUGCUGAUCCUACAUUGUACAGAACAAAUUGUUUUCAUUAAAGGGACACUAUAGGCACCAAGAUCGCUUCAUCUGAUUGAAGUGGUCCCACGUAUUCUUGCAGUUUUUGAGAAUGCUGACAGCCAAUAGAGGUGCUUCUGUGGUUCUAAGGGACUCUGGAUCCCUUACAAAUUUACAGUCGUCCUCACACUUUGCAAGAGGACAUCCAGUGUCUGUGAAAACCCCAAAUGGGUUUCCUUGGGGGAGGGCCUAAUGUUCUUGCACGUGCGCAUUACUGUCAAAGGAGGUUGAGCGCUGACCUAGCACCUAGAGACAUCGGCACUGGAAGCUGGUAAGUGAAUAAAGCUUUUCUGUUUUUUUUUUUUUUUAAAUCCUUUAUGUGCCGGGGAGGGAAGGUGCGGACCAGAGGGCACUAUAGUGUUACAGAUUUGUGUUCCUAACACUUUAGAAAUUCUAUUUCAAUAAACCAAAAUGUGCAACUUAUUGUGUGAUUAUGAACAUUUAACUGAAAUGGAUCUGUUCUCUUGAAGGACUCCAGUGACUUCUCAAAAUACCAACUAAGAGGUCUACUGAAAAAAAAUAAUCUGAACAAGUGCAUUCAAAAUGUUCAGAAAGAGAUGAGCCAUCAAUACAGCGGAGAAGUUCAGGCUCAGUUUGAAACAGAAGGUGGAUUUAUGAAAGAAAUAGAAACACGGCGGCUGGUCUCAGAGGACACUUCUCAUUACAUUCUUAUUAAAGGUAUAACUAGACAGAGACAUAGCUGAAAAAAGGAAUAUCUAGAACUAUUUUUUAAACUGUUAUAAUGUAUCUAAUAUUUAGAUGAGCAAAAAAGUGUUUUAUAUAGAAUGUAGCAGCAUACUUGUAUAUAACAUGCAGUGCAUGUUAAAAUGUUGGCAAGGAAAAUAUUGGUUUGAUCCCUUCUACACAGGAUAUAGUUUUAAUCAAGAUACUACAUUUUGGUCAGUACAGUAGUGAAAUAAGUGAAGUGAAACACAAGAUAUACAUAUUUUAGUUACUGCAUCUGCGGGAUUUCUGCAGAUACACUAAUGGGAAAUAGAAAGUACACCCUUUUUUGAAUUCUAUGGUUUUACAUAUUAGGGCAUUAUAACACUCAUCUGUUCCUUAGCAAGUCUUAAAAGUUUGGUAAAUACAACCUCAGAUGAACAACAAUACAGUGUCAUGAUUUAUUUAACAAAAAUAAAGCCAAAAGGGAGAAGUCCUAUUUGAAAAACUAAGUACAUCCUUACGGCUCUCAUAGGAAUUAAAAGGCUAAGUAGCAGACAGGUGCUGCUAAUCAAAUGCCCUUGAUUAAUUGAUCAACAGCAAGUGUGAACACCUCUACAAAAAGCCGCAGUUUGCUGGUCUUGCAUUCAGGUGUGUGUGUUAACACAUUUCCAAUAAGGAAAGACCUCCGCAAUGAUCUUAGAGAAGCAUUUGUUGCUGCCCAUUAAAUUGGAAGGGUUAAUAAGGCCAUUUCCAUACAAUUUAAAGUCAAUAAUUCUACAGUGAGAAGUGUUCACAACGUGACAAUCUUACCAGCAAUGGAAGUCCCAGCAAAUUCACCCCAAGGUCAGACCGUGCAAUGCUCAUAGAAAUUGCAAAAACACCAAUAGGGUGCAGCGGCACUUACCUUACCCGGGGGCUGGCCGAAGUCCUCUCUUCCCGCCGCGCGGCUCUCGAAUGAAGGCGGGCACGGACCCCGAGAUUCGGUCACGUGUCCCGCCUAGCUCUAAGAGCGUGCCGCGCGUCUCGGGCACACUCUUAAAGGGGCAGUGGGAGACAAAAAAUUAAAUGUGCUCCCAUUGGCCCCUGUCAUCCCACAUUCCCCAGACACUCACAUUUUGGGGGCGUGGAUAUGACAGGGGCCAAUCAAAGUAAAGUUUAGGGUAUUUAUACUUACCUCUCCCUGCGCUAUCGUGGUUUCUGUUUCAGUUCCAUUUAGCGCUUGUUGUGAUUUUCGUGCCUGACCUUGGCUUUGUAUCUGACUCCGUUUAUCUCUCUAUCCCUGUUUUGUCUUGUUUGCCGGCUUACUGACUACUGUGUACCAGACCUUGGCUAUUUUUUGUUCUCGCAGUCUCUUUGUUCCCUUGACCUCGGCUUGUUCUUGACUCUGUCCGUUCUCUGCUAUACGGCGAAUCCGGCCAUUCUAAGGUCCGGUAAGCCAUAUCUGCUCUAUCUGUCGAUUGUUGGACUAAAUCUUGCGUGUAGGGAUAAACUACCGUGACAUAGGGACAUCUUUGACUCUACAGGCCUUACUUAGCAUGUUAAUUGUUAGUUUAUGACCAUACAACUAGAAAAAGACUGAACAAGUAUGGUUUGUUCUGAGCAUCUUCUCUGAAAAAAUAACAUGGCAGCAUGGCUUAGGUUUGCAAAGUUGCAUCUGAACAAACCACAAGACUUCUGGAACAAUGUUCUUUGGACAGAUGCGACCGGAGUGGAGAUGUUUGGCCAUAAUACACAACACCAUGUUUAGCGAAAACCAAAAACAAAACCCCAGCACUAAAGCAAAUCUACAACAGAAUCAAGGUGUUGUAAUAGCCCAGUCAAAGUCCAGACUUCAUCCUGAUUGAAAUACCGUGAUGGGACAUUAACAGAGCUGUGCAUAGACACAUACCAGCAAAACCUCAAUGAAGCAACGUUGUAAAUAAGUGUGCCAAAAUUCCUUCACAAGGAUAUGAGAGACUGAUAGUCAUGCAGAAACCUAUUACUUCAGGUUAAAUCUGCUAAAGGUGGUUUUGCAAGCUAUUGAAUCGAACAGUGUACUUGGUUUUUCAUACAUGGCUUCUCCAUCUUGGCUUUAUUUUUGUUAAAUCAUGAAAUGAUGUAAUAUAUCAUGUGUUUUUGUUCCUCUGAGGUUGUAAUAACCUAACUAUAAGACCUGCUAUGCAGCAGAUGAUUAUGUCCUGAUCUGUAAAACCAUAGAAUUCAAAGAGGUUCUACAUUCUUUUUCCAAUGACUGUAUGUCAUUAUGUUCACCUGUGGUUGUAUUUACCUAAUUUUGAGACAGGGUAGUGUACUUUGUUUUCUAUGACUGUAUAUAUAUAUAAUACACACAUUAACAUAUUCUAACGUUAUUCAUGUAGAAAUCAUAAAUCGAUCAAAUUCAAUUUCUUAACACCAGGCUUUCUAGUCCUGCCUUGUUGAUGCCCCCUCUCUUAUGUGAUUUAGAAGUGUCCCCAUGCUGGGCAAUCUUUCAUAGUGAUGCUGAGAAGCUGGUUUCAUUGCCUUAACGUUUUAUACUCCACUUGGAACAGGGCAAAGCACUUUCUUGAAGAAUAGCACCCUGGAGGGAGCACACUGCUGUCCCCUGUCACUCAAUCCCCAAUUCUACUGUUGGCAUGAAGAAGUCUGUCAAAGAUUGAUUGACAUAUUUUUUAAAAUGCAAAUUAAAAUUUCUAAAUUUGCUGACAUAAGAUAUAGAUAAAAAUUAUUUUUAAUUUAAAGCGAACUUGUAUGUACUAUGAGACCUAAGUAGAGCUCUUGAUUAAACCUACAUUAACCCCUUAAGGACACAUGACAUGUGUGACAUGUCAUGAUUCCCUUUUAUUCCAGAAGUUUGGUCCUUAAGGGGUUAAACCGUAUUGUUUCCUCUUUAGAUUAUGUAUCAGUUUUUGCUAUCUUCUAACAAUCACUUGAUAUUUCUGUAAUAAUAUUUUGGGUAUUCGUUCAAGUUUCAUUGAUAAAUACAUUACUCCUAUCAUUUUAUAUUAAAGGGUUAUUCCAAGCACCACUUUAGUGAAAUGGUCUUGGUUUCGGGAAUCUAAGUGUGCAGUGUUUCGCACAGCAAAGUUUACUCUAACCAAAACCAGUGUUUUGGAGUAACCGUUUAAUCUUUUAAUCUUCUAAACCACAUAAUGCUGUUUGAAACUUUUUUUUUUUUUUUAAAUAUGUAUAUUUAUUUUUACUUAGGUGUUCAGUCAAAGGCUGAUGAAAAGAGGGAAGAUUCUUCUGUUCAGGCAUCAUCUUCUGCUGAUAGAGAUAUUGCUCCAAAAACCUAUCUUGACCUAAAACUGGCUUCCGCUCAUAAGCCAAAGCCAAAGAAUGUCAGGGACACAUCUACCAAAUCUGCACCGCCUUCACCAAGAACACUUUUUGCCAUAGAAGAAGCAUUGCUCGAGAAUCCCUCCGAAGAAGAAUUGGAUAAGGAAGACAUUCAAAACUGCAGGAUUCCCUUUGAGCCUGUUACCAUAGGAGAAGGCAGUGUUUCGCCUAGAACAUUGCAUGCUAUUCAUCACGCCCUUGAUGAAGAUGAACAGGGAACAAGUUGCAAAAAGAGUGAUGGGAAAAUUGGUGAAUAUGGGUUAGCAGAACCAAAACCAGCAAAUCCCCAAAUAAGCAUUACUUUGGAUGAAGAGCAGGACAAUUUGGCUACAACGUCACUAAGUAUAGCACCAUGUUUGCAACGUUUUGGGUAUCUAAAGGAUCUACCCACUCCAAAGAAAAUUGAAGAUGAAAAGAUGGAGCCUAAAGAUUUAGCAGUCAAGCCACUAGAAAGCAGCAGUUCUGAUGAAGAGGAUGAUGACUUGGCUAAUAGACAAAUAAGAACAUUAUUAAGAAAUAUUGAAUGUUCACCCAGUCCAACACUGCUCUUGCAAAGAAUUGGAAAUCCCAAGGGCAUCCCAGCUCCAAAGAAAAGUGACUCCUCCUCUGAUGGCCCCAUAAACCUUGAUCCAAACCAACAAAGUGUUAAACGUUCUCUCUUUCUUAAACAAGAUACACCUGAUGCAUCUACAUCAAGAAGUCAUUCACCUCUCCUUAAUGAUGUAUUUCCCAGAAAGCAAUGUCUGGAUUUGGAGACUGAUAAACAACAAAUAAGUUCUACUGAUGUAGAUAGUGUAAUGGUUACACCCAUGAAAACUGAGACCAAUACACCAGGGUCUUCCAAAAUACCUUCUCCUGGGGAGCCAGAUAGCUUAGAUCCAAUACUGGCAAGUAACCUGUCUCCAAAACAGGCUUCACCUGUUUCCAUAAAUGUGGUUGAUCCACAUAUAGCAAAUCCUGGUAGGUUAAUGGAACCAAGAAGCAGUAGCAACCCUGAUGAAUCAUAUCUUCCUCUGACGCCAGAAAGUAUAGAAUUGGAAGAGCACUCUGAUAGGAAUAAUGAAGUUGAAUCAGACUCCGAUAGUAAGUUGUUCUUCUUUAGUGAUGUCACAAAAAAUAGUUAUGCCUCCACCCCAUUUUAAGCAGAUAUUUGUACAUUGUAGGCAUGCCGUACAAAUCCAUAACUUCCCUUAAGGUUGAGUCAUGGACAUGCAGUUAUGUCUGACAGCACCAUUUACAAAAUAGUGUAGUUCUUAUGUGCUUAGGAAGCAGUUCCAUUUAUUUAUUUUACUUUAUGUGAUGAAUGUAAUUGAUGCCAAAUGCUUAAAGGGAGGGACCAUGUAUAUGGUACUAGGAAUCCCUUUGUGCCAUUAAACAUAGUUUGAAUCUGUUGUGUGCUCCUGCAUCCCUUCUAUUCAGUGUUGGUCUGAUAAAGCAGACGUUUAAACUCCGGUCUUAUUAUUAUACCAACUCAUACCAGGUCUAAACAAUAUUCAUUGUCUGAGAGUGUCAUGUGUUGGCAAUCAACCAGUGAAUACUACUUUAACAUUGUUUGAGUUGGUAUGCUAAUGCAGAAGUAUAAACUUGAUCAUACUGGGAGGACCAUGCGAGUCCAGCACAUCCUGCUACGAGCAAAACUUUUGUGUUUUUUUUUUUUUUUGUUUUUUUUUUAAUGAUUGAUUUAUGUAUAUUAUAUUUCAAUGGAUUAUGUUAAAAUAGUGGUCAACCCUUUAGUGACCCUGCUUCAUAAGUAGUAAUGCUAUUUAUGUGUGAUCACAAUUUAUAUAUUCUCUCUCUCUCCUUCCCCCACACUGGUAUGCUACAUUUACUUAAAUAGGCCAUCUACAUAUAAUUACCUACGAGCUUGCAUUGGAAGUGUUAAACUUCAGUCAUGUGGAAUUCCAAUUCCUAGUUUCCCAAUUUUUGUCUGGUACAACAUUAGGAGCUCAUAUUCUGUUGUUGCAAUCAUUACAGAUUCGAUUUCCCUGAGGGAAGGCAAGUUGGGGGUCUUCCAGCAUCUGGCUAUCAGUGAGGAUACUGUGCUCAGUAUCAGGUAGAUCAUCUUCCGGAUUGGUUUAGGAGUGUUGUCCGGUAGCAAUCUGAGUAAUAUUAUAGUUGGUUCGUGUGCCAGUUGGAAGUUUGUGACUUUCGUUAUCAAUGUUAUGGUCUCCUUCCACAGGGAGUUCACCUCUGCACAUGUCCACCAUAUAUGAAGCAUGGUGUCUCUGUUUGUGUGGCAACGCUAACAUAGGUCUGAUGUGGUUGCAUACAUGGAGUGUAAGCGAGUUGGGACCAUGUACCACAUAUAGAGGAUUUUUCUGAAUGUUUCGAAGUGUGUGGCACAGGUGGUCAACCCUUCAUGGGCAGUGAAGAUCUGUUCCCAUUCAGUUGGAGAGAAAGUGGUUUGCAGGUCUUCUUGCCAGUUUAGCAUAAAUUUCCACCUUGUCUCCGCUUCAGGGUUGGCGAGGAUGUUGUAACAUGUGGACACCGUUUUCUUCGGUGGGUUUGACGAUAAGCAUUGUUUCGAACUUCGUGAGGGAGGUUAGUAGGGUUCGUUUGAUAUUCUUGAUCACGUUGUCAUUUACUAGCGCCUUAAGCUGAAGGUAUGCGAAUGUAAAGUUUGGGGGUAGGUUGAAUUCUUUUUGGAGUUCUGGGAACGUUUUGAGUCCCCUUUUGUCAAAGAGGUGAAAUACGUGUGUAAGUCCUGCCUUUUCCCAUUUUUAAUAUGGAAAUGUGCCAUUACAGUGGUAUAGAGUUUUAAUCGGGGUUGCAAGGGCCCAUGGGUGUGCCGAGCAUAUUUUGUUUCUGCAUGUAACCCAUAUUGUUGGAAGGUGCUUGGUGGCAGGCAGUAUACUUGGGGGUGUUUGUCGUAGAUGUUGGGGUGUCCAAAGCAUUGUCGGUAGGUCUUGUUUUCCGCAGUAGUUGCUUUCUAAUGCUACCCAUUGAGGAGUGUAGUUGGUCAAGUGUGCUCCAAUGACAUUAGUGAGGGUGUCAGAUUGAUAGUAUGCUUUUAUGUUUGGGAGGCCCAUUCCUCCGUUUUUCACAUUUCUCAAUAGCAGUGGUUUGGGGACCCUUGGGUGUUUGCCGCUCCAACUGAAGCGAAGGAGGGUCGUCUGUAGUUUUGUUAUGUAGCUUUGAGGGAGCUUGAUUUGAAGGAAACAAAAUAGGUAGAGGAUCUUGGGUAGGAUUGUCAUCUUCAGUGCCGCUAUUCUUCCCACCCAAGAUAGAAACAGACUUUUCCAAGAUAGUAGGAGAGUGUCGAUUUCUUUCAAUAGUCUUGUAUAGUUGGCACUAAAGAGUUCUUUGUCUUUGUGUGUUAUUUUUAAUGCCCAAGUACACCAGGUGGUCUUCUCUCCAGUCAAAUCGGUGGCUUGCUUUUUAAUCUUUCUUCUGUGUGUUUGGGGGUGUUGAGGCACUUUGCUUGUGUUUUGGUGAUGUUAAGCUUGUAAUAUGAGUGUUGACUGUAUGUGUGUAGCUCUUUGUGUAGGGAGGGAAGCUUUGUGAGUGGUUGUGUGAGUGUGAGGAGGAUGUCAUCGGUGAAUAAGCUGAGUUUGUAUUCUGUGUGACUGACCUGUACUCCAUGGAUGUCGUCGUUUCUGCGAAUGGCUAUGGCAAGAGGUUCCAGGGCUAAUGCGUAGAGGAGGGGAGAUAGGGGGCACCCUUGACGGCUUCCGUUUGUGAUUGGAAAUGCCUGCGAGCAGAACCCCGUGUUAAGCACUGUGGGCGUGCUAUACAGCGCUUUGAUUGCGGAGAGGAACGUGUUUGGGAAUCCAUAGGCAAGUAGGGGCUCCUGUAGGAAGUGCCAGUUUAGGCGGUCGAACUCCUUUUCGGCAUCGAGGGAUAGCAUAAUGCUUUCUUGUUGGGAGUUCUUUAUGGUGUGGUAAAGAUCCAGUGCCUUCCUGGUGUUGUCUGGCCCUUGUCUUCCUUUCACGAAUCCCUGGUCCGUGUGGAUUACCGUUGGUAAGAUGACACAGAGACGUCCGGCGUAGAGUUUUGCGUCUGCCUUUAGGAAGGAAAUUGGUCUGAAAUUGUGGCACGUAGUUGGAGGUUUCCCCGGUUUAGGGAGGGUAAUGACAUGGGCUGCUAGAAAUUCUGAUGGGAAGGUCCCAUGUUGUGUGGCAGCGUUGAAAAACCUAGUAAGGAUUGGGGCCAGUUCGUGUUGAUAGGUAGCAUAGUAUAUGUUGGUAUAGCCGUCUGGGCCUGGUGCUUUCCCUUUUGGCAUUUUGUUUAUGUGCUGUAGGACUUCGGUCGUUCUGAUUGGUGCGCAUAGUUGAACUGAGUGGUGUUCUUGGAUUUUAGGGAAAGUAAUCUUCGCUAAGUAUGUACGAAUUGUUGCUGGGGAAUGGUGGGGCUGGGUGUGUUGGUCUUUCAGGUUGUACAUGGUGGUGUAGUAGUGUGCAAAUUCGUUGCAGAUUUGCAUUGGUUGCAUUACUUUGCGGCCUGAGUGUGUGUUCACGUCCCCACCGUCAUUGGAGUUGAAGUAGUGCCGAAUUUCGCUGCGGAUCUCGUCUGCGAAUUUAGGGUCAUUGAGUAAUUGUUCGUUGAGCCUCCAUGGGCUGCGGUUUUUGUAUUGGUAUGGAUCUGCUAGCGUGAGUAUCACAGGGUUAUGGUCUGAUUCUGUUGAGGUGCUUAUGUCACAGGAUCUGACUUGAUGUAGGUGUGUGCUAAGCAUUAAGUAGCCAUCUAUGUGGGAAUACGUGUUGUGCACUUGUGAGUAGUGAGUAUAUUCUCUGUCUUCUGGGUGAAAAAAAUAUCGUAGAGGCCGUAUGAGGCUAAUGUCUUGUUAAAAGAUGCACAUUGCUUGUGUAGGGACCUUUUCCGUGUGUGUGUGUGCGUGGCUGUGGAGUCUGUGUUGGGGUCCAGGAUAUGAUUGAAAUCUUUGCAUAUUAUCAGGGUGCCUGUGUGUACAUUAUCUAUUUUAUCUAACAAUGUGGUCAGGUAGCUGUGCUGGUUUUCAUUUAGGAAAUAAGUGUUGACUAAUGUGUAUGUGUUGUUGUUUAGUGUACAUAUGAGGAUAAUGUACCUACAAUCCUGUUGGACUGUUAUUGGGUCAAAGGCCAAGGAUUGGCUUACUAGAAUCGACACUCCUCUGCAUCUGGUGGGAGAGGUAGCGUGGUAUUGGUGAGGGACAUUUCUGAGGCCCAUCAUGGGUUUAGUGUCCUGUAUAAAAUGGGUCUCUUGCAAGCAUAUGAUGUCUGCUUGUGAAUUACGUAUUUCUUUCAGGAGCAUAUACCUUUUGUGGGGCGUAGUUAACAUUAUGUGUAUAUACUUUCAUUGUGGCUUGUUGGUGUGAUUUCUUGGAUGUGGAUUGGAUUUCUGUGUGUAGGUUUGGGAAGUUCGCUUUAUCUUUGUUUCAGUCCAAGUACUGUGCAUCCGUCUGUGUUUUGUGUGUCUGGCUGUCGGUUGCUGCUAUUUGUGGGGGCACUGAGUCGCAAUCCGGUGUAAUGUGGUGUGGUCUCUUGUCACUGUGGAUUCCCUAGCGCCUUGACGCAUUCGUUAGGUAGAAGCAGGGUGUAUGUCGUGUCCCAGUGUGUAGGGGGGAGGUAAAGUUGUGUUUUAAAAGAACAAAAAUGCCUUUAAAUCAUGCCUUGUAACUCAUUUAUUGAUCUGUCUGUGUGUGUAUAUGUGUGUGUACAGUGUUGCUCAAAAGUUUGCAUACCCUUGGAGAAUUGGUAAUAUAUGUACCAUUUUCAAAGAAAAUGUGAGUGAGCAGGCAAAACACAUUUCUUUAAUUUCUUAUGGGAUUCAUAUUCAACUGUAGAUUAUAACCGAAUGGCACAAUCAUAAAACAAAACAUGGCAGCAAAGAAAAAAAAUUAAAUGACUCCUGUUCAAAAGCCUGCAAUUUCUGAUCAGAUGCUGCAUUCAUCUUGCCAUCAAUUUUUACAAGAUCAACCGUGCUUUUAGAGUUCACCACCCCUUCCCCCCCAACCCACUCCACCCAAGACAUCAGUGAGCCACCAUCAUGCUUCACAGUAGGGAUGUUAUUCUUAUCACUAUAGGCCUUCUUGUCCCCAAACAUAACACUUAUGGUUGUGGUCUCGUCACUCCAAAUUACAGUGUGCCAGAAGCUGAGAGGCAUGUCAAAGUGUCAUCAUGCAUAUUGUAACCGGGCUUUUUGUGGCAUUAAUGCAGUAAAGGCUUCUUUCUGGCAACUCGACACUGCAGCUCAUUCUUGUUCAAGUAUUGUCAUAUUGUACUCCAUGAAACAACCACAUAAUCUUUUUUCAAAGCAGCCUGUAUUCCUCCCAAGGUUACCUGUGGGGUUUUCUUUGUAUCCCGAACAAUUCUUCUGGCAGUUGUGGCUGAAAUAUUUCUUGGUCUACCUGACCUUGACACUGCUUAAGUGAUUGAACAGUACUGACUGGCAUUUUCAAGACUUUGGAUAUCUUUUUAUAUCCUUUUCCAUCUUUAUAAAGUUCCAUUACCUUGUUACGUAGGUCUUUUGACAGUUCUUUUCUGCUCUCCAUAGCUCAGUACAUCCAGGUGAGAGCUCAGUGCAUCCAGGUGAGAGCUAACACACUGAUUAUUUAUACACAGACACAAAUUGCAAUUUAAAAAGCCACAGUUGUGGAAAAUUAAACUUUAAUACCCAUUUUACUCUGUGUGUGUCACCUUGCGUGUCUGCAACGAUGUCAAACAUCAAUAUGUAAAUCAGGGUCAUUUGGGUGAUUUCUGUUAUCAUUAUGCUUUGAAAAGGAGCCAAACAACUAUAUGAUAAUAAAUGACUUCAUAUGAUCAAUAUCCUUGAUUAAAAUACUGUGUGUGUAUAUAAUAUUUAUUUUAUUUUUUUACAUGAUCAGUCAUAUUUUCAAAAUCAAUCCCAAAUUUCACAAUUUCUGCCAAGGUAUGCAAACUUUUGAGCGCACCUGUAAACUGUAUGUAUGUCUGUGCAUGUGUGACUAUUUUUUUUUUUUGUAUGUAUUGUCAUAUGUAAAGUAACAAUUUCAUAUUUGUUUUUAAAACUUUAACAGCAAGUUUUAUUGAGGUAGAAGAGAAUACUGCAAGUGGUGAUGCUUCACAGCAAGUUAAUGCAACAAUUAAAGAGGCUGAAAUCAAACCAACAAGUUCCGAAAGUCCUGCUAGUAAUAUACUCAGUACCAUCUGUUCAGUGGAAAACUCUUUCACAGUUGAAGAUACGGAUGAGCAGUCCACUUCACAGAAAAAGGACUUAGAAAAUGUGGAAGCUUCAGUGAACGAGUGGCAAGAUAUUAGUAUGGUAAAAGGACUAAUUUAUAUUGGUAAUCCGAUCAUCCUUUGGCCUCAUAUAGCUCUCGCUUGAAGUAUGAGUUUAAAAUAUAAAAUUAAUGUUUCAUAUAUACUGUAAUGUUAACAAAGAAUGCAAAGUAUUUGUGGUCUUUAUAAUUUUAGUUAGGAGGAUGAUUAGGGAUUACAUGCCUUCUAGAUAUGAUGAACUGUUUAUAUUGGAACUGGCUGAAAAAGAUGGAAGUUAGACCACAACAAUACCAGUAUCAACUAUCAUUAGUGUGCAUGCCACUGUAUCCACAAACAUUAAAGGAACAGUCUUAUGCAUCAUAACCUCUAAUGUCCAGGGUUCCCUUGAUGCAUUUGCUAUAUUAAUUUUGUCCUUAUUUGGAUAAAAUUUAUAUAAUUAAUGCAGAAGAAGGAACUUUCACCUUAGUAGAAUCUGUGAAGAGGAACAACCUGGGGACCUAGAUAAGUGUCAAACAUUGGGCCAUAGUGGCUAUGGUGUUUAAAAUGCCUAUUUAAGCAUGUUUGAUUCGAGUGCAAGGUAUUGUGAUUUAUUCCAUGCCGUAGCAACAUUAACCAUUAUUAACUCUGCUAUAGCAACCUUGCGUAACUUCCAUUACAGUAUCCCUAUGAUGGUGCUUUUCAUUUAAGGUCCGUGUUUUCAUAGUUAAACCUUUAUUUUUAUUUUUUUUCUUUACUUCUGAUAUGUCUGCAAUUUAGACGCUUAAAUACCACACCUGCUAAUAUCCCUAAAUUUUUUAAAAUUUUUUAUAUUUUUAUUAAAUAUUAUAUAAAAUUGCUUCACUGCAGGUGAUUAAAUUAUCUGAAUCUGAUGUGUAGCAUUGUUCAAGUUGACUUGUUCAAUGUGUCGCAUUGUUCAAGCAUCCUUACUCUGCCAUCCGUUAAUUGUGUAAUAUGUAAAGAACAAUUAUUGGACUGCAGUGACCAUCUUUGGAUACAAUGCGCUUUAUUUACUAAACUCUAUGAAUUAAAAAUGACAUAGCAAAAUCUAGGGGGGAAUUUUCAUGUUGUGACUAUAGUGGUGUUGAUGAAUAUUUCCAAAUCCAUCAUUUUUGCCUAACGUUUUCAGUUUAGUACAAUUCAAGGAGUGCACACAUUUCUAGUGGCAAAGUUACAGUGUAUAUUUUUUUUUCAAUUUUUGGGGUAGAAAAUCUUGAAAGUGUUUUAGGAAAAAUGAAGGAGUCCUGCUGAAGUCUUUCUUGUAUCCAUGACAAAAUACAUUACUGUAUUUCUUUACUAUGUCAUCUUUAUCUUAUCUACAUAAAGAGGAAUGUGUGAAUGUGUUUUGUAUUUCCAAAUAUAUGAUACUUGUACAUCACUGUGAUUUUUUUUUUUUUUUUUAUGUUCAUGUGCAUUAUUCACGGCAUGAGAAAUGUUCGAGGCAUGGCAACUAUAUCUCAUUUCUCCUUUAACAGAAAGCUGAUCAACUCUGGUAGUAAUAUAUCGGUAUAUCUGCUACAUAGUUACAUGUGAAAAAAUACUUAAGAAUGAGGGGAUAGUAGCAGAUAUAAAAGAAGUUGUUUUAAUUAAUUUUAUGCUUUUUUUUUUUUAAAUCCCACAAAGGAAGAGCUUGUGUCACUUGAGAACAAUCUAUUUGUUGAGCAGACAUCCCUUCAGGCACAGAGACAGCAGCAGGAGCGGAUUGCUGCAACUGUUACAGGCCAGAUGUGCAUAGAAAGCCAGGUUGGUGUUUACGUUUAAUUUUAUAAACUAUACCUAUGUUUUGUAUGUAUUUUAACACUACUUUUUUUAUGUUUUUUUCCAACCAUCUAAAUCAAUGUUUUUCUUUUAAUUAUAUUUAAAGUAUUGCAUAUUGAAAUCUAAAUCCUCUCACUGAACCAGACACCUGCCUAAUUUUAGUUGAGACAUUACAUGUUAAAGGGACACUAUAGUCAUCAGAACAACUACAGCUUAAUGUAGCUGUUCUUGUGAGUAUAUUCAGUCCUUGCAGACUUUUUAAUGUAAACACCCCUGUUUCAGAAAAAAGACCAUGUUUACAUUACAGCUUAGGAACCCCAUUAGUGGCCACCCCUCAGACAGCCACUAAAGGUGCUUCAUGGACUGACGUUCGGCGUCUCUACACUCUGCAUGGAGCUCCUGAACAUUCCUCAUAGAGAAGCAUUUAUUUAAUGCAUGUCUGUGAGGAGAUGCUGAUUGGCCAGGACGCCACACCGGCUUCUUGGCUGACAUCACCAGAAUUGACUAUCUCCUGUGGGAAAGCAUUGUGAGUGGCCGAGAUCAUCAAUUGAUGUCAGCCAAGGAGGUGGGGCGGGGCCAGAUGCGAGGCACCCUACAUGGCUCUGGAAAAAGGUGAGUGAAAAUCUCCUUUCUCACCGGAGGUAAGGGUUGUUUUAGAAGUAUAGUGUCAGAAAUACAUUUGUAUUCCUGACACUAUAGUGCCUAUGUAAAGGGACACUGUAGGCACCCAGCACACUCUAGCUAAUUUAAGUGGUCUGGGCACAGUGUCCCUAUUGCCCUUAGUGCUGCAAUGUUAAACAUUGCAGUUCCAGAGAAACUGCAAUAUUUACAUUGCAGCACUAAGUCUGCCUCCAGUGGCUGUCUACCAGACAGCCAUGAGAGGGCUUCCUGAAUCGAAACGAACAUUUGGUUUGGUAUCAGACGCUGGAGGACACCCAGCGUCAGAUUUUUUUUUUUUACCCCCGCCCCCCAUAGGAAAGCAUUGAACGCUGUAGGUCUGAUGCUAGUCACAGGAUGUCAGAGGGGGCAGAGCUUUGACCCAGCACCGAGAGACAUUGACACUGGGAUGAGGUAAGGUAAGUAAAUAAAGGGUUUUAACCCUUUAUUUACCUUAGGGGAGUGGGAGGGGAGAGGCAGCUGGAGCGAUCGUGACAGGAAUACAGCUUUGUAUUCCUGCCACUAUAGUAUCCCUUUAAGAAUUAAAAAAAAAAAAACUUACCCUUUUCAAAAACAUUUGCAUUAUUGCUGUGUAUCUAGAGCUGUGGUUUUAACUUCUUUUGUACCAAGGCACACUUUACUCCUUCACUACCAAGUGUGUGACAAAUAUAAAAAACAAACACUAUCCACAAUGUUUUUGGCCUGCUGCAAGAGCAAGUAUGUAACAUAGUUAUGGAUACUGCCUUAAAGCCUUUUAACAUCACCAGCUUCAUCAGGACAUGCAGAAAUGGUGCCCUUAUAAUGCUAAAUUAAAUCUGCUUUUGAAGGGCAAAUCUAUUUUUGGUUUAAUAAUCCUUUCAUCGGGUUUUGACAGGAAAUAUAUGUAUAUUUUUUUUUUUUUUUAAAUAAAGUACUUGUUCUAAAAAGAGUUUUAAAAAAAACAUCCCUACCUUUUUAGUAUAUGACAGGAUAAUUCAGCCCUAUACACGCACCCUUAGUCAGACAGUGUUUGGAAACGGUUUCUAUGGUUUUUCCUGAGCAGGGAAGCGAGAGACAACAGAUACUGUCUGUUUUGAAACACCGUAAAAUUGCACAUGGCUGGAGGGAUACUGUCAUAUAAAAAAGACAAGGAUGAGUUUUUCUUUAACUGUAAGGUAUGCCUAGCAAAAAAUGUGCCUAUAUAAAAAGGCAGAUGUAGUAAUUUGUAAAAACUGUCUUUAUUUCACAACUUAUGUAUAUACAGAAAAUAAGCGCCUUGUGUCAUAAAUGUGACACAAAAUAAAACAUUUCAAAUAAUACAAUUCAGAACCAUUAGAACACGGAGUUAUGUUGUGUUUUUGUUGUGUGAUGUUUGUGAAGAAAAAGAAAAAACGCACACACAAGUUUUUAUGCAGUAGAAAAAUGUGAUCAAAAGAAUGCUAAAUAAUGUGGUAUAACACAUAAAGACAUGAGGUAGAAGCCAAUUAAAAAUAAACUAAUGAAUGCAUUCAUGAGUAUCCCUAUAAUGAAUUUAACAGUUCCUGCACUACAUUGAAGGUGAAAACAAUAUCCCCUUGAAUAUUUGGGGGUGUGAUGUGUAUAUCUUUGGCUCAUAACAUUACUUGAUUAGAAAAAGAAAUAGGGCAGGUCAUGCUGACAGACAAGACAUAAGAAAGAUGAUUAUGUUUUACAUGAAUUACAAACAUUGUACAGUGUUGAAAGUGUCACAUCCUGCUUCACAUGGACACACAUCAAAUUAGCAAAGGAUAAAAGAAAACAAACCAUCACAAAUUGUGGAGAUUUAUGGGUUUUGUAAGCUGAAGAUCAGUCACUGUGAAUUAGCCAAGAUGAUAUCCAAAAACACUUCUGUAUGUAGAUAAUAUAGGCAAUGCAAGUAGAGAAGUUGGAAGAAGAUUGAGAAACCAGAAUCUCCAGCAUUAGAGUUGCUGUCUGCAGCUGGUUUUGCACAGUGGGAAGCUGCACCGAAAACCAGAGCUUCCUGGUCUGGCACAUUAUUUGUGAAAUCCAGAGGAGAGGUGCCAAUGGUGCUGUAAAGCUUAGAGAGAAUUCAUUCAAUGUUGCAGGCAUCUGUUAAAGUAUGACAGAGUUAUGCUUGGACUGAGGGUGGUGACUGGUUGCAGAGAUAGUGGAAUCUGCUCAUUAGCAAGUGGAUGGCUUUUUUCCUUCAUUAAAGGUUAUACAAAGCAGGUGAAUUUGAUCCAAUUUGAUACACAGAGCCCCUAAAAAGGCUUCAAUGGAAAGAACUUUAUAUUUAAAUAGAGCUCGUAAAAUGACCUCUCAAGGGCCUGUACUGUAAGAAAAAAAUAAAGACACAGUGGUAAACAGUUAAAGGGACACUCCGGGCAUCUAGACCACUUCUGCCCAUUGAAGUAGUCUGGGUGCCAACUCCCAUCACUCUUAACCCUGCAAGUGUAUGAAAACUGCAAUAAUGACCUUGCAGGGUUACGUUCUCCUCCAGUGGCUGUCUAUCAGACCGACACUAGAGGGACUUCCAUGUUCUUAAAACCCGAAAAGUGUUUUAAACUACGCUGGACGUCCUCACGCUAUGCAUGAGGAUCUCCAGCGUUGCCGGAAUCCCCAUAGGAAAGCAUUAAAUAAUGCUUUCCUAUGGGGAGGUCUAAUGCACACGUGGAGUGUGGGCGGAGCCUGACCCAGCGCAGAGGGACAUCAGCGUUGGAUUCAGGUAAGUCACUGAAGGGGUUUUAACCCCUUCAGCAACAUGGGAUGAAGGGUGGGAGGGAGGAGGGCACAGCAGGAACAUGGAUAUGUUUUCCUGGCACUCGAGAGUUUCUUUAAGCAGAUUGAGUAAACAGGAAAUGCAGGCUGCACAACAAGGCAAUCUGUGUAUUGAGUCCAUGUCUGCAAGGCAGUGGGUUCUAGCAAGCCAUGGACAACCAGAGUAAAGUUACAAUGUUAUCAACAUGUACAGCAGGCCAGGUUUAAACAGUCACCUUAGAGUGGAUAGAUGCUGUUAGAACAUAUCUGGAACACUUAUUAAAUAAGCUACAUAAGUUUUCAAUAGGUGCACUUCCCAGUCCUACACUUGACUAGAUUGGUGACCUUGUUGUCCUCCAGUGUCAUUACUAUUGAUUUUUGCUUUGCUUCCUAAUCUCUUACAAUCAUUUAUCCAAAGGGCUGAUUAUACUUUUCUGUCUUUUUUGCCUUCCUGCUGUUCAAGUUCUGCUUACUUUAAAAGCUAGCUUGCAAGUAGAGAAAUAAAUAAUUGGCUAAACAAAAAAUACUUUGUAUCUUGCACUAGGAGUUGCUACGUCUCUUUGGCAUUCCUUUCAUUGUAGCCCCUAUGGAGGCAGAAGCUCAGUGUGCUGUCUUGGACCUUACUGACCAGACAUCAGGAACCAUCACAGAUGACAGUGAUAUAUGGCUCUUUGGUGCACGACACGUGUAUAAGAAUUUCUUCACUCAAAAUAAAUAUGUGGAGUAUUACCAGUUUUCAGAUAUUCAUAAUCAGCUGGGUAAGUUUCAAGCCCAAAACCGUUUUAAUCAAUAAAGCACACAAUAGGUUAAAUGAUUCAACAAGUAUAAUGUGUACAUGCAUAUAUAGAUAAAUUAUAUAGAUUUUAUCUAUAUGUGUGUUUGUGUUUGUGUGUGUAUACUGUGAGUUUUUUUGCUCAAAAGUGCACCUUUGUUAAAAUGCUUUCUUAUAUAUAUAAUUCUGAUUGAAAGAUCUCCAUUGUGCUUAUGUUCCUAGUAAAUAUUAACUCCCGGCUUCCUAUACUUAGGAUUAGACCGCUCAAGGCUCAUAAAUUUAGCAUACUUGAUGGGAAGUGAUUACACUGAAGGAAUUCCAUCAGUUGGUUAUGUUUCUGCCAUGGAGAUACUCAAUGAAUUCCCUGGGCAAGGCUUGGAGUCUCUCAUAAAAUUCAAGUAAGUGUGUUGUAUGAUUUAUUUAUUUUUUUUACAAAUUAAAUGCUGCUACUUUCUUUCUCUCUGUUUUCCCCCUUUCAAAACACGCACUAAUCAGGUUGGAUAUCUAAUCUUGAUGGCAACUCAGUUCUAAAACUACAGAGUUAGGUAGACCGUCUACUUGUAAAUUAAGCAACAUUUGACAUCUGACCACUUCUGAUCAAUCUGUAAACCCAUCACCACCAGUUCAGUCAUUAACUGAAUCCAGUCACAAAAAUCAUUCAAUAAAAAUACAUUCGGUUGAAGUGUUCACUGAUAUCAUAUCAGUCAUAAAAUGAGAAAGGAAUGUGCUUGUGAAUUUAAUUUAUUGGGCUUAUAAGUAGGUGGUCACUUUGGAGCCAGUGAAGGCACUAACAAUUAGGUAGAUGGCUGACACAGUGCUGAAAAAGGUGGGGGGUUUUACAGUAGAAGAGUGAGGGUCCAAGUUAGCAGUUAAAAAAAAAAAAAAAAAAAAAUCCUCAUAAACUGCUACCUGUGUACUAAAUCUUUAAGUUGUUCUUUUAACAUCAAAAUUGGUCAAAACUAAUUAUAACAAAGUUUUCAUAAAAGUCCCUUAACAAAAAAAAAAAAUAAAGGUCAUAUUAAAUUUUCUGUAUCUAGUUAGUUUACGUGGUUUGUUUUCAGAAACAAAUUAUUUUGUACAGCAACUUAAUCUAGGCUCUAGAAUACUGAACCUCAAUUUCUUGUGUUGGAAUGUAGCAGAAAUUAUUUUAUACUAGUAUUUAAUCCUUUGUGCUUGAAGUUGAUAUGUUUUUGAGUUAUAUUUUCCUGGUAAUUUAUUUUUUUAAAUUCUCCACUUUCCUUGAUAGACACAUAGAUUUAUUUACUUGCACUGUAAUGCAUUUUCAUUCUUAUUUAUUUCACUGCUUUAAAAUAAGAAUGGUGUUAGAGACAUUAAGUUAAACAGUAUAUCACAACACCGUUAGACAGAAGUAGACAGAUUUUGUUCACAAGAAUGUAAUAGACUUUUUAAUGGUGGCUUUUAAGUGGAUUUCAUGCAUUGUUUCAGAGAAUGGUGGACAGAAGCACAGAAAAAUAAGAAAAUUCGAUCAAACCCACAUGAUACAAAAGUGAAAAAGAAACUGCGGGAUCUGGAGCUGCAUCCUAGCUUCCCAAACAGAGCUGUUGCUGAUUCAUAUCUAAAACCUGUUGUUGAUGAUUCCAAAGGAGCUUUCUUUUGGGGAAACCCAGACCUAGAACUAAUCAGAGAAUAUCCUUUUAUGUUGCACCAGGGAGACUUGUUGGGUUAUUGGGGAGAGGGGGCUUGAGGGCUGAAGAAAAUGUUUUAAGACUUGUAGAGAAAAUGGUGGUAUUAGACUAGGUGCGUAAUUUGAGGACACACACACAACAAUUAAACUAGAAAGCUUAGGUUUGAUUAGUCUGUCAAAGAGGAGAACACGGUUUGAACUUGUAAGGUACAGAGUACACUGAUGCUAUUCUUAAGGUUUAUUAACCAUAAAGAUAAUUGGAUAUAAUUAAAAUGGGAAAUACAAAUUGUAGGCCAAGUUUGUUUAUUUUUCCAGUUUGGCUAUUUUAACCCCUUAAGGACACAGCUUCAGAAGCUUGUCUUACGCUUAAUGACACAAGCAAUUUUUGCAUUUUCUUGCUGUAUGCGUUCAACUGCAAUUUGCAUCUCUCUCGUUUAUUGCACCGACACAUAUUAUAUACUGUUUUUUAAAGGACAUAAAGGGCUUUAAUUUGAUGUAACAUAUAUAUAUAUAUAAUGCUUAUUUAUUAUUUAAAAAAUACAGAAAAAUGCAAAAAAAAGAAAAAUUUUGUGUUUUUUGUACAGUUUUUGCAAUAAUAAUGUGUGCCUAAUUAGUGCAGGUUAAAGAAAGUAAUUAAAAAUAAAUUUAUUUAGUUGUUCUGAUUUACAAAAUAUAUAAUGUGUCUGGGAUUUAAAGUUUUUUUUGGUAGUUACAGGUCAUAAAGCACAAGGAGUAAAAUAAACUUUUAAUGUAGAGCGAUUUUAGAAUUUUGUAUGUUUGUCUUGUAAGCUUAAUAGCCAUAAAAGAAAACAAAAUUGCCACACAAAAGUAUAUAUUUAUAUAAAGUAGACAUCACAGACUAUUGUCCUAAGGUUUUUUUGACACUUUCUAAGUAGCCAUUUCACCGCCAAUCUCUGCUAAAUAUUGGAGUAAAAUUUAGUUUUUUGGAGUUUUUGGCACACAAACUUAUAACAAAGAACUUCCCAUGUAUAUUUUGUAAAGUUGGUGUGUGCUAUUCCUGUACAAAGUUUUAUUUUGUGUUCAGUUACUUCUGCUGAGUACAACGAUACCCCCAUUGUAUGUCUUUGGCACUAUUUCGUGAAGCUACAGUGCCAUAUAGGAGACCUGUCCGUUUCAACAUUUACAGUAGAAUUUUGAGAGGCGGAUUUAAUGGGCCUAUGCUUCAAUUUGGGGUAUUAUAGCAGUUUGACUGUUCAAAAAAAACCCACAAAGGCCUACCAUUUAUAAAAGUAGACACUCCAGGGUAUCUCAUAUGGUGCAUAUUGUGCCUUAACAUGCCCCCAUUUUUUCACCAAUAUAUGCCAAAGUAUGUGGUAAAAAAUAAUUUUGGGCAUUUUUUACAUACGGAUUACAUUUUUGCUGGGCAUUUUGUACAUUUCAUAUGUGCCACUAAGUUCAAACCCCCCAAAUUAUGCUCAGCUAAGUCUUCUGAGUAAAACAAUAUGCCCAAUGUAUGACCUAGACACUAUUUUGUGAAGUUACACUGCUAUAAAAGAGACGUAACAAGUUAAGGUUUUUAAGUGUGAAUUUUCAUGGAGGGUUUUGAUGCGUCCGUGCCCACUUUGGAGCACUUGAGCAGGCUACAUAUUACAACUACACCAUAAAGGCAUACCAUUUCUUAAAGAACACAUCCCAGGGUAUUUCAAAAGGCAUAUUUUGAACCUUAGCGUGGGAUAAUUUUUCCGCUAGCUUGUACCAAGUGUAAUGGUAAUAAGCGUUUUUUUGCCUUUUUGACACACAAAGUAAAUUUGCGCAGUACAUUUUGCAAAUCUUAUGUGUGCUACGACUGUAUAAUACUUCAUAUGUUGCUCAGCUAUGUCGGCUGAGUACAUCAAUACCCCCGUAUGUACCUUUGCCAGGUAUAUGUGGACAUCGGAGGGGCACAUUUGGGACACAGCCAUUCCAGUUCAUUUCAAACUUUAAAUUUUUACACUGUUCCCAUGUCCCAUUUUAGAGUAUUUUACCAGGCUAUAUAAUCCAAAUACCCCAUAAAGCCAUACCAUUUCUUAAAGAAGACAUCCCGGGGUAAUUCAAAAGGCAUAUUUUGAACCUUAGCGUGGGAUAAUUUUUCCGCUAGCUUGUACCAAGUGUAGUGGUAAUAAGCAUUUUUUCUGCCUUUUUGACACACAAAGUGAGUUUGCGCAGUAUAUUUUGCAAACCUUAUGUGUACUACGACUGUAUACUACUUCAUAUGUUGUUCAGCUAUGUCGCUGAGUACAGCAAUACCCCCGUAUGUACCUUUGCCAGGUAUAUGUGGACAUUGAAGGGGCACAUUUGAGACACAGCCAUUCCAGUUUUUUCCAAACUUUGAAUUUUUACGCUGUGUCCAUGUCCCAUUUUAGAGUAUUUUACAAGGCUAUAUCAUCCAAUUACACCAUAAAGGCAUAUCAUUUCUUAAAGAAGACAUCCCAGGGUAAUUCAAAAGGCAUAUUUUGAACCUUAGCGUGGGAUAAUAUUUCCGCUAGCUUGUACCAAGUGUAGUGGUAAUGAGCAUUUUUAAAUGUAUUUUUUUACUUUGUAAAACUUUUUUUACUUUGUAAAACCCAUUUUUAAACUUUUUUUUUUACUUAUUAAAUGUUUUACACUAUCUUAACUUUUUUUACACUUUUAAUUUUUUUUCUAAACUUUUCUUUUACCGUUAACCCCUAACUAGCAGUAAGCAGCACUAACCGUAAAUUCCCCAUUUUCCCAUAACUCCCACCCACCCCAGCUAGCAAAAUAUUUAAUUAUAAAAUAUUUAAAUUAAUUAAUUAAAUAAAUGGAACCCCUGAGGGUUAAAAAAAAUAAAUAAAAGUUAAUCCUCAGGGGUUAAAAAAAUUAGAUCACAGUAUAAUACUGUGAUCUGUAUUUUGAUCACUGUAGGCAGUGAUCAGCUGGCAGGGAAGGGGUUAAUUUUUAUUUAGACUGGGUAAAGGGGGUGGUAAUUUUUUUUUUUUUUACUUAAACGUUACUAAAACAUUUUAAAAAAAUAAUUUUUUUACCUUUUUAAAGCUUAUUUUAAAACUUUUUUUAACGUUAACCCCUAGUUAGCCUAACACCAAAUUCCCCAAUUCCCCACUAACUUCCACCCAUCCCAGCUAGCUAAAUAUAUAAUUUUUUAAUAUUUAAAUUAAUUAAUAAAAUAAAUUUAACCCCUGAGGGUUAAAAAAAAAAUAAUUAACCCUCAGGGGUUAAAAAAAAAAAAUCAGAUGACAUUAAAAUGUAUACCCUGCCAAUUGAUCACUGUAGUCAGUGAUCAAUUGGCAGGGAAGGGGUUAAUUUUAUUAAAACAGGGGCAGGGGGGGUGGGAUUUAACUUUAAUUUUUUUUUUUUUUACACAGGGAAGCAGAUCAGCACUGAUCCGUCUCCCUGCACUUCACACAGAACCCGGAAGUGCAGGGAGGCGGAAGGUGAGUAUGUGGAGCACAUGUGCUCGCUCUGACAUGCUGUCAGAGCGAGCACCGGUGCUGGGGCAGCCCGAUCGGGUGCUCCCGGUCUGCCUCUAAUGCAGAGGCAGACCGGAGCACCGUUAACCCCGCGAUUGCCGCGAUCGCGGCGAUCUGGGGUUAACUUAAGAAAAUGACGGAAAUUUUCCGUCAACGGUCCUUAACUGAAGGACAAGGUUGACGGAAAAUUUCCGUCCACGGUCGGGAAGGGGUUAAACUCAAAUUAGCAUUUUCUUUAAUUCCUGUUAAGAUAAUAAACGUUAUUGCAUUUAUUUAUUUUACUUUUUUUAACUUAUUUUCUUUAAAAAUAAAAAUUAAUUAUGCUGGCUUGUAUGAUGCCAUAUGUUGCAGGAAGUAAGUAGUACAUUUGUAAAAAAUAUUUUUUGCAGAUUUACUAUAUUUCAUUAGAUUUCAGUGGGUUCUUAAGGUUCAUAACCUAUUCUAAAGUUUCGUUUCUUUGGAUUUGUACAAAUUUGCUAUGUUACAACUUGCAUAAGAAAAGAAAAUAACAUGUUACUUUAUUUAAAAAUUAUCCCAGCAGGUUUGUUUUCUGUAUAAUAUUUUUUUUAUUGUAGUGACAAUGUAGCGCAUUAAAUUUUUAAAUCACAAUCACAUUACAUCUUUACAGUAAUAGUAAGUAUUUUAUUUUAACAAGAUUCUCAUUUUAAGUUUGCAACCAAUAGUAGGGACAAAGUGGGGAGGAACCUAACUGGUUAAGGCGAAAGGUGGGAUGGUGAGAUCCUUUUGUGGUUCUAGUUUAGACAGAUCUUCCUCCACUACUAGAAGAGGAAGAUAUUUUGUCCCAAUGGAACAAAAUAUAAAUUCUUUUAUAUUCUAUUUGCUACAUGUAUCUCGACUCUAGAAAUCCCUGAAGUGUAGUUUUCUUAUAAGCAAGAUCGGGAGUGGGACAACAAUCAUUUAUGUUGAUAUUGGUAAAGGUGUGCGGGCUGUGUGUUGUGUACUGUAUUUUGGAAUUGGCGAUCUAGAGUUAAUAUUUAUCUUUUCCAAGUUUUGAGAAAAUGUUUUGCAACAGGCUCUAUAUUAAUUAUGGUGUUUAGCCAAUCCAUUCUGAACAAAUACUGUAGUAUUGUCAAGAAGUGUGAAAGAGGAGGGGGGUCAGGUAGUCUUAAGACCUUUAUUAUGUUCUUGUGGGCCACUGCCGCCAUUAUUGUUCUACAUUUUCUACCAGGGUUAUGGUGGUUAGGAACAGGAUCUUGCAGUAGGAAUUCAGACCAAAGGGGGAGGUUUGACAGAUUAUGUGUGGUUAAGUAGUGUAGAAUUUAUUCCACUAAUCUCUGAAUCACUGGACCGUCCCAGAAACAAGGUACGUAUUCAGCUGGACAUUUGAAACAUUUUGUCUGCUUUUUUUUUUUUUUUUUUUUGCCCAUAGUCUAACAGGAGUGUAGUAUACAUGGUGGAGCAUUUUAAAACUCAUGAGUGUGCUUUCAGGUGAUCUCUCCUCUCUAAAAAGGAGUGUGUCGACCUUGUUAAUAAAAUGCUAUAAUGUAUUAUAUCCAUUUGUUGCCCAUUGUGAAAAGGGGAGACCAGCCUUCCCCACUCUACUGAAACAUUCUGUUUUUAAGUAGGUGAAGAUGUAUGGAUUUUGUUGGGUGAGCUCCUAACUACAGCCUCGCCUACUUCCAUGCUUUUAUUGUGGUCGCUAGAAGCAUAUUUUGCAAUAUGUAGAGGUAUUGGUUUGUGGGUUUGAUAAUGCUGUGGGAUGUGCCAGUGCUGCCUCUAGGUUGUGGUGAAUCGUGGUUUCCUAUCCAGUCCAAGGCGUGUUCUGUUUGGGAAGGCUAGACUGGAUUUGUGCGCAUUGGGUAAGUUCAAACCUCCUGAGUAAUUUGGUAUGAUUUGGGUAAACUGAUUCUAGUUGGGUGGUUACUCCAUAUGCAUGGUCUUACGUGUUUGUUUUAGGUUUUCUUGUCCCUCUUGGAUAGUUAGAGUGGGAGCACUUAGAAAAAAAUAUGGUAGUUUUUGGAAACUUACUGUCUAGUUUAUUCUACCCAUGAUGGAAAGUGGAAGGCAUCACCAUUUUUCCAACUUGCUGUAUAUGGAUUGUCAUACAACUGGUAUGUAGUUUGGUAUAAUGUGUAGAGACCUCUAAGGAUGUUAACUUCAAUGUAUUUUAGUGCUUUUGAGGACCAAGUGAGUUUAAUGGAAGAUGAAAGAGGGGGAGAACCCCAUCCUAGAUAAGACUUUUCACUUUUUUACCAGUUUUUUGUGGAUCUACUGUUUUGCGAUAUUCAGUUAAUAAACAGAGUAGGGGGGAUAAGGUAUGGUGUAAUUUAGCUGUUUACAGCAGGUAGUCAUCGGCAAAAGUGGAGACCCAUAAUAGAAAACCACCCUAUUGAAAUGCCGUGAUAAUCAGGAGCGGAUCCAGCGCUAUAUCAUCACUCUCUUCUAUGUGAGUUUAGGUUGUCUGUUGUUACACAUGUUUAGGACCUAUUCUGUAGAAUUUCUUUGUUUUUUGUUUUUUAAUGAAUGCAACAAAGUUGUAUCCAAAGUAACAAAGAUUAAAAACCAUUAGUAAAUGCGGCCAAUUUGCAAGUCUAAGUUCAGGAGUGGUAUGAUAGAAUUCCUCUCAUGUCUUAAGUUGCAGCUUUUUUGGUUAUACCUCUCUGAUAAUGAGAAUAGAUACAGCGCUAGCUAUAGUGCAGCAAACACUGAUGGCUGAGAUACCCUUUAAGAACCCAACAAAAGAAAUACCAAAACACAAGUGACGAAAAACAGGUUGUGCCUACUAUAAAUUAAAGGUGUACAAAUUAGACCAUAUGUAACAACACAAAAAAAAGAAAAAGUCCAGACAUAUGAUACAUUUUACCUUAUUAAAAAUAGUAGGUUCUUAUGGAGAGGCACCUUAUAAAACCAGCAAAUUCGGCAGCAGUCUGUUAGCCUCAAUUGAUAAGUAUAUGGAACAAGAAUAAACACAGAAUAGGCCUCUGAUAGUGUAGUAGUUUCAAAAUUACUGUAUAAAUUUAAAGAGAAAUGGAAAUGCACACAGAAGUAAAGAGCAACCAACUAGUUCAAGACCAACAGCAUGUAGCGAUAUAUAUGCCUCGCUUAGGAAAUGUGCAAACAAAGCAGGCAAUGUAGGUAGGUGUGAUCUUGACCUAGAUCUUGUGAUCGUGAUCUUGAUAGGUCAUAGGGAGUCCAGAAUAAGCGUAUGCUGGUUGGGUGCUCAAUGCCAUUAGGCUCUGUAAGUGUGGGUUUAUAGCGAGUCAUCCAGUAGUAUCCAAAAUAAGGAGAUUUUUUUUUCCCACCUGUUAAUUAAGUAUUCGAUUGGGGGGGUGGGGGAGGUCAUUGAUCAACGUCGGUUAGGUUGACAAGCAAGUGCAUCGGUUUAAAUGCUGGAUGGCUAAAUGGCUGGUCUGGAAGUCUCCCAACUGUUUUAUAGGUCCAUUUAAAACCAUUAUAGACAGAAACUGAUUAUUUUUUUUGUGUUUUUUUUAUUUAUUUAUUAUUUUUUUUUUUUAAGACCCUUUUUAAGUGCUGUAUCCAGCUGACUACAGACCAAUAUUCAACAAGUAAUUUGUUAAUUUACAUAUGAUUAUAAGCAUACGUUGUUUUCUUAAUAAAUAUCACAUUCUGUGAGAGUCGCUUUGGCUGGUACCGAUCAAAGACUGAUGAAGUUCUUCUGCCAGUGUUGAAGCAAUUAAAUUCCCAAAAGGUAAAAAAUUAUGUUCUUGUUAUAUUGGUAUUAUACUAUUGUUGUUCCUAAUGGAAAUAAGAUUUUUUUUUUUUAGAUAUUUUUUUCCCUUCGAUGAUUGGGAGUUAAACUAUGAGCUAAAGAAAAUCCAGUUUUGAUACCUACCAGUUUACAGAGUAUUAACUCUUACUAAUGUUAUGGACAUUUUUACCAAAAUAUCCAAAGCAUUGUCACAAAAAAGAAUGCAAAUGAUUUACACAUUUUCGCUCUCCUAUGCUAAAGCUAGUAUAUUUUUUACGAGUUUAAUGGCUACUUACAAAUACGUUCUUAAUGAACAUAUAAUGAAAAUAAUCACAUAAGCCAUAAAAAAAUAGAUAAUGGUAAUUUAAAAAAAAAAAAAAAAAUUCCUACUCUUUAAAGCGUAUUUUUAUUUUUUUUCCCUUCAUUUAUGACCAUGGGCCCAUGUCUUCCUUUAAUAUUUUGGUAACCUACUACCUAUAUAUUAUUGUUUGUUGUCUGUAUCUGCACGUGUCUUUGUCUUUCUGCAUGAACAUUGUAAAUAUUUUUUGCGUUUUACAAUGUUUUUAUUUGUAGACCCAACUUCGUAUAGACUCUUUUUUUCGAGUGGAACAACAUGAAGCACAGGCUAUAAAAAGUCAGAGGUUACGCAGAGCUGUAACAUGCUUGAAAAGAAAGGAAAAAGAAGGUGAAGCUGAGGAAGUUGAUGAAGCUACUGAAAUAAUGGAGAAAGAAUUAGCAACACAAGAAAAAACACAUGGUAAAAAAACACAGAAAGAGAAUGCAAAAUCCAACCUAGGGAAAAGAAAACUGGCAAAAGAAAAAGUUGAACAUACAAGUGGUGUAGAAGGGGGAUUUAUUGACAGUGGAAUGAAAGCUUUGUCCCCUAACAAGUUUUCUGUUGAGAAAUUGGACAGUGAUGCAGAUUGCACAAGUACCUGUGAAGAAAUGGAUAAAGAUUCCACUGGAGGUGUACAUGUCCUCAGUCCAAGACUAGCCAUAACAGUUAGAAGCAGCAGCUCAAGUGAUGAUGAAGAGAAUACUGUGAUGGUAACUGCCAGACCAGUGUUUCAGGGUAACCCUAAAAAAUCUAAAAUCGUGAAAAAAAGAAAGAAAUUAUUUCAAUUCAUGUAAAAGAAUACCAUUACUUGACUAAGUUAUUUAGUUUUUUUUAACCAGGAUUGUAUUGCUAUUUUUGAUUGUACUGCUAUAAUCUUUAAUUAAAUCCAGCGCUGAUUACAAAAGUGUACAAGUUGUUUAAUAAAUUUAUACAGUUUUGUACAAACCCCUGUAUAUAUUUGUGAUUUGUGUUAG